AUGGAUACUGGUAUUAUUCAAAGUUUCAAAUCAAAAUAUAAGAAAAAACUUAUUCUAAAAGAAGCUAUUGGUUUUAUUGCUAAAACCUGGGAAGAUGUUAAAGAAAGGAAGUUAGAAAAUGAGAUCAAUUCUAUAACUAUAUUAAUUAAUGAUCUUCCAGUUGAAACUAACUCAGAAGCCCAACAAUUAAUAAAUCAUAUUGAAGAAUAUACUCAUGAAUUGCCAUCACCACUUCUAACCAUUACUGAAGCUGUUGAAGUAUUGGAAAAAGUUAUAAAUUAUCAAAGAUUUGAUGAGAAUGGAUUAAUGACAUUACGAAAAAGACUCAAAAAAAUGAUGUUUUGA